AGAAAGCGAGCCCGAAUCGACCCCUAAGUCACAUUCAGUUCAAACUCGAAACCAGCAAAUUUCUUGGCACUACUCAGCUUGACUGAGUAUCUUCUUGCUUGGUGUAGGUACCGAAACUCCGGAGAUCUACCCUAGCCUCCACUCGUUCCUUCGCAAUCAAACUUGAAUAUCUGUCUAAGACCAACUUCAUAACGAUGGCCACUAGCAAAGAAGCUCAACCUCAAAACGGCGCUCAAGAUGCUAAGAAUGCCGCUACCAAGAAACUUGAAGGCGAGGAACUGAAGGAAGCGAUUAAGAAGCAAGUUGAAUAUUAUUUUUCACGGGAGAAUCUCUGCCAGGACACGUUUUUGGUCAGCAAAAUGGACGCGCACUAUUUUGUUGAUCUUGCAGUCAUUGCAGAUUUUCAGAAGGUGAAGCACUUGACGGAGGACAGCGCCUUGAUUCUUGAAUCGGUUAAGGACUCCGACAAGGUUGUUGUAGAUACUGGAAAGCAGAAGAUCAAGCCUGUUGCCCUGAACGCGAGGACAACACUUAUCCUGCGUAACAUUCCCACCUCGGCCUCUGAGGAUGCAGUUCGUGCUUUGAUCACUGGUGACAAAUGGCCGAAGAUUGUGAACGUGAGGUCUGAUGUCGGCGAUAACUGGUUUGUUUCGUAUGAGACUGAGGAAUGCACCAAGUCUGCGCUCGAACUCGCCAAGGGUUUGAAAUGGGAGGGCAAAUCGAUUUCAUGCGCGAUCAAGAGCGAGAGCUUGCUUAAGAGCCUUGCUCCUGGAUCGCCUCCCAAGGGGGGAGUGCCUAAUGUGUAUUAUGGGCCGACUUACGUCAACUCAAACGGAGCUUAUUUUCCUUACCCUCAGGAUCAGGGAUUUAUGCGUCAGGGACGUGAUGGAGUUGAUGGGAACGGAAGGAACGGUGGUAAGAGGAACAAGGGCAAGGGUCGUAACAAUAAGCAUCAACCAGAAGGAAGGGAAGGCCAUAACCAAACUGAGAAGAAGGAGCUUGCACAGCAAGCGCCCAUCAAUCUUGCUGAUUUCCCUAAGCUCGAGGGCUCAUCGAAGAAGGCGACCGGUUACAGCAAACCUUAUAAAUCUUACAGCAAGGACGAGAUCGUUGACAUAAUCCGUGAUACCAAAGUCGAUGGGGCCAUCAAGGAUAAGGAGUCUCCAUUCCUCGAGACUCGCGACCUGAAGAUGGAGUGCGACAAGACCGCUGAUGACUUCAACAACCAGACCAAGCAUGCUGAAACAAGAAUGGACAUAACGAGGCAUCCAACAAUACUGUUCCAUCCAAUGACAAGACUGAGAGCAAGGACAAGUCUCCCCCACCAAAGGCGACUCCCAAGGAGGCCCCAGCCGUGAAACCUGCCAACGGAGACGCUCCGGCUCCUGCGCCAGCUCCUGCUGCUCCAGCUCCUGCUCAGCCCAAGAAGCUUUCUUAUGCACAGAUGGCAAAUGGGAACCGUCCAGCUGCUGAGGCUUCGACCUAAACACACAGUCAGGCUCAGAUGUCUCUAGGUUUAGUGUGGUCGUUACUGAACUGGAGUAUAUGAGUGAGCGGAUUCACAGGAUCGUCAAACAUGUGCUAUAUGACCAGAAAAUCUUAUCUCAAAAUCUCAGAAAAAAACAAAAACAAAUGGAAACAGGAGUUUGUUGAUGGUACUAAAGCUGGGCUGGAUCCUCGGCAGGUAUAACUAACAAGGAUCGUUGGCUCUCAAGAAAUUGCUGACCUGAGCGGGCUUAACUGGAUGGAGCAUGGCUGUUGCAGUGAUUUUCUGUGGAAAGAUUAUCACAAUAUUUUUCGUUGCAUGGAUUGAUUUGAUGCGGAGGUUGUGAAAAGAAACGAUCGUGUUGCAAUUGUUUUCUUUCGACGACUAUUGGAAUGGUGAUCGUCUUUCAAUCUGUCAAAUUGAUACGUCUAGGGGUGUUCUCUAGGUCUUUCAGAAUUGUUUAUCAUCGUUUAUUACAUUGCUGAUUUGUUCGU